ACUUUUGAACUAACGAUAACGAGUAGAUCUCAUAUUUUUCGAUUAGAGUUUUUCAAUUCCGAUCCAUAUUUAUUCGAAGAGAAAGAUAUAGCCGACACAAUAAGUUUGUACAACAAUUGCUGUAAUCUGAUCAUUCUAUAAGAACGAUUGGCACAGUUCAUAUUCCGAUGAAUUCGAACGAGCAACUUUCUUUUUUUAACUCUUGGAUAGUCUACUAGAAAUAGGAUGAUUGACGAAAGUAUUCGAACACUAUUGAAAACUUUUUAUGUAUGCUGAGGUUGUGUUAGAUUUAAGGUGCCCAAGAAAUACUCUCGAUGUUCAACAAUAUAAUUUAUUCAACGAUCAAUAGUCACCUAUCAACGAUCAACGAUCCUCGCUUUUCGACUAUGUUCGCUUCGCUGUUACACUUGACCCUUGCACUUCGCUGUUAUACUUGACCCUUGCACUUCGCUAUUCAGAACCGAAUGAAUCUUUGUACAAAUUCUUUUCUUUCGUUGGCUCUCGAUAUACCCACUAUGCACGCGUUUGUUAGACGUCUGCGACUGUUGCCGCGUACGCAUUCUUCCGAAUAUUCGGCGGAAGGACCGUAGGGAUAUCGAUUGGACCAUUAGGCAUGUCGGCCUUACGCUUUGAUGGCAUUAUGCUUGUGUCGCGAAGUCGUCGAGUGCCGCCACAAUGCUAUAUAAAAUUUUAGAACUUUAUUAGCAUUAAAACGAAAUGCAACUAUCGUGAUUAUACUGACAAAAUUUGAAAGGAAUCUGACGAUUUACACAUACAGGGUGGUCUAAAAAUCAAUCCUCACUGAUCAACCCACAAUCAAAAGUUAAUCGGCUUCCAGUCGACUAUAAAUUGCAAUAUUACGAAUUUCAAAAAAGGUUCUGCUUCGAUGACAAGCCAAGAACAUCUUGAUCUUUUUAAAUGGUACUAUGUAUUUUUGUCUGCAUAGCACUGCAUGCGAGUUACAUAUAUGCUAUUAUAUGUUCUUAGUUUGCGAGGUAUUUGUAAAAGACUGUCAGUAACACUAUAACAUUGUAGAAUACAUUAUUCUACCUAUUAUUGUGUGUCCGUGACAGCGUAUGCGUUAGUAUGAUGGUUAGUAUGAUGGGCAAAGGAAAACUUUGCUCGAAAUGUUGGCUCCUACACCAUAUUCACCGUAUACACCAUAGAAUCAUCGAAAUGAAUCGUCAAGAUGACGGCAGCUUUCUAAAUAAUUAGCAACAACUCUAGCGUAAUAGAAACGAGAAAUUAUGCCAUGGAACGUUUCUUCUAAUUUAGAUGUUGGACAAAAUACAGCUUUACAUAGAGAUAAAGAGAACAAGAGCUAACUAUUCAUGCAAUAGUAAGCGUAAAUACGUUAUAGUAGACUAAUUGUAAGUUUCAAUAUGUAAUCGUGUCGUAUUCGAGUUUCUCUCCGACACUUGCUCGGUACUGUUCAGUACGUGACGUGUCCACUUAAGAUAAAUUGUCGCAAGGUUAAAUAUUGCUGCUAUCUUUCAACAGACAGAGCAUAAUAUUUAUGGAACAUCUGGCGGGACAAGAUCAAUCGUCAAGAAAUUGACGAUGAUUCGCCGGUUUCCGAAGUAAGGGAAAAGCAUGCAGCGCUAGUAAGACUCAUUGAUACGUUUGCCAUUGAUUAUCGAAUUGCUUUGAGUUCGAUUUAUUGAUUAAUUGCCCGACAUAAUUUCGAUCUACGUAAAUCUUGACGUUUAUACGAAUGGUCGAGUAACAACUGGCCAUUGGGCUGAUAAGGUUCCAGUUGAGGCGUUGGUGUUCAAAGUGGUUUUAAAUCGCUCCUUGCGAAUCAAGAGCAUUAGAAGAAACAUGUUAAGAAAUUGUCAUUUCUUUCUCGUUCUAUCGACGAUCCUAAUUUUGUUGCAUUUUGGUAAGGCAGAUAUUAGGAAGGACUGUCGCAGAGAAUCGAAGGUUUCAUGGGCCGCAUUAAGACGGAUGAAAGCCGGAGACUUGGAACAGGAAGAUCAAAACUUAAAGUGCUACCUCAAGUGCUUCAUGAUGAGGCACGGUAUCUUAGAUAAGAACGCGGAGGUAGAUGUGCAAAGGGCGCUUCGACAUCUACCACGAAGCAUGCAAGACUCGUCCAAGAAAUUGUUUAACAAGUGUAAAUCUGUCCAGAGUGACGAUCCUUGCGACAAGGCUUACAAGAUGAUCAAAUGUUACGUAGAACAUCAUCCAGAGAUUUUGCAGAGCGUCCCUUUCCUCUAGAGCUCUCGUCAGGAGAGCCGCAGGGAGAUACUCGAGUAUUAAAAAAAAGAAGACGAUAUUACUCCGCUUUCGUGUAAUCAUUGUGCAACGAGAGACAAAAGAACGAAAUAGUGCUGUAUGCAUGGUUCAACGUUAAAUAAAAUUGGAGAUGUAGCACGGGAUAAAUGGUGGGAAGAAAACGAUAGCCUUAAUUCCUCGACGUAAGAUUUUUCUCAAUCUAAUCGAUUAAAGAUUCGCUAUCUUUAUCAGCGUAAUUGUUUCUUGACUAUAUACAAAUG